CCGACAGGUGGGGAAACUGAGGCCCAGGGCAGCAAAGUCUUCCACCCCAGCUAUCCCCUUACUCCCUCCUUUCCUCCACCAGCCUCAUCAGUGGUCUCUUUCUUGCAGGCCACCCUGGUACUCCCUCCCACGUUCUCUGCAGAUGAGGCCAUGAGGCACCCACUGGAUCGGGGACAGGUCACCCCUCCUGCCCUAUCCCCAGUCCUGGAGGCCAGGGUGCUGGAUUGUCCCGGGAGGGGGCCUCUGCCAGGGCCGUGGCCCCUGACCCAGCCCCUACUGGCCACACCCUAUGCAGGAUCUCAGAGAAUCAUGGAUUGAGUCCAGCUGGUCCCCACUGUACAGAUGGGGAAACUGAGGCCUGGGGAAGGGGAGCGGCUGGCCUCCAGCCACACAGGAAGACCCUUCCCACCCCAGAACUUCCUGCUGCUGCUCGGGACCCUCCUGAGCUGUGGCCUGGGGGGCAGUGCUCAGGGUCCAGGCGAGUGGACUCCGUGGGGUUCUUGGACCCACUGUUCCAGCUCAUGUGGGCAGGGAGUCUCCGUGCGCAGCCGGCGCUGCAUCCGGUUUCCUGGGGAAGAGCCAUGCUGGGGGGACACCCAUGAGUACCGCCUCUGCCAGUUGCCGGACUGCCCCCCAAGUGCUGUGCCCUUCCGAGACUUACAGUGUGCCCUCUACAAUGGCCGUCCUGUCCUGGGCACUCAGAAGACCUACCAAUGGGUGCCCUUCCACGGGGCGCCCAACCAGUGCGACCUCAACUGCCUGGCCGAGGGCCACGCCUUCUACCACAGCUUUGGCCGCGUCCUGGACGGCACCCCCUGCAGCCCAGGCGUGGAGGGGCUCUGCGUGGCUGGCCGCUGCCUCAGCGCCGGAUGUGACGGGCUGCUGGGCUCGGGCACCCGCGAAGACCGCUGUGGCCGCUGUGGCGGCGCCAACGACUCGUGCCUCUUCGUGCAGCGCGUGUUCCGCGAUGCCGGUGCCUUCGCCGGGUACUGGAACGUGACCCUGAUCCCCGAAGGCGCCAGACACCUCCGCGUCACCCAUCGGAGCCGCAACCACCUGGCGCUGAUGGGGGGCGACGGGCGCUACGUGCUCAACGGGAACUGGGCAGUCAGUCCAUCUGGGACCUACGAAGCGGCGGGGACCAGCUUGAUCUACACCCGCGCCGCCGGGCCGGAGGAGACGCUGAGCGCCACUGGGCCCACUUCCCAGGACCUGCUCCUGCAGGUCUUCCUUCAGGAGCCUAAUCCCGGCGUCGAGUUCGAGUUCUGGCUCCCUGGUGAGCGCUAUGGCCCCUUCCAGGCACAGGCGCAGGCACAGGACCUGGGCUGGCCCUUGAGGCAGCCGCAGCCUCGGGAGGUGGAGCCUCAGCCCCCUGAGCCCUCUGAGCCCCCCGCAGCCCCUGCUGCCAUCCCCCCACGGAUCCUGACCCCAGCCCCAGACCCCUGUGCGCCCUGCCCCGACACGCGCGGCCGCGCCCAUCGGGUGCUCCACUACUGCGGCAGCGACUUCGUUUUCAGGGCCCGUGUGCUUGGCCGCCGUCGCCAGGCCCAGGAGACUCGCUACGAGGUGCGUGUGCAGCUGGUCUACAAGAACCGCUCACCCCUGCGGACUCGCGAGUACCUGUGGGCACCGGGCCGCUGUCCCUGCCCACCGCUGGCCCCCCAUCAUGAAUACCUGCUGGCUGCCCGGCGCCUGGUCAGCCCCGACGGCAAACAGGACCGGCUGCUGCUGCCCCAUUCCGGCUAUGCCCGGCCCUGGAGCCCAGCUGAGGACAGCCGCGUGCACCUGGCCAGCCGGCACUGCCCUGUCUGAACCCUUAGAUGAGACCUGCGUCACAUGCAGCAAGAAAGAUGCCUGUCCAGGCUAGACCUCUACAUAUUUCCCCUCUUGUUCUGGCUUCCAGGGAGCUCAGAAAUAUCUCCAACUGUACCUUUGUGACUCCUCUGUCACACACAUACUUUGACCCCCUGCGUGAAGUCAGAUCCACUGUCAGGAGCAGGUAGGCACUGGUGAGAACACACUAAGUAGACUCUUUAACUCUUAUUUCCUCUAUUGCCCUGGCUGCCAGGAAGCUCAUUGCUAUUUUACACCCAGAAACUCUGUGUCUGCUUUAUUUCCCUUGUCUCAUGCUCACUUGGCUGGAGACACUGUCACUAACAAGCAUAGCCCAGAGGAAGAUAUGCCUAACAAGAUAUUGUAAUAUAUACAUACAUGCAUAUACAUACACACACACACACACACACACACACACCAGUUCCCCUUCUUGCCCCGACUACCAGAAAGCUCAUCCCUGCUUUACUCCCUGACGCUCUGUGCUCCCUCUUCCCUCUGCCACUCACCCACACCAUCAAGUAUUCAGAGACAAUGUCAGAAACUGGCAUGGCAUGUUCUUUAGAAGACAUGCCCAACCAAACACUGUAAAGUACUAAUCUCCCCUUUUGCUCUGGCUACCAGGAAGCUCAAAGAUAAGCUUGACACCAUCCUCAGUGAUUCUGGCUUUCUUUCCUCCAGUUAACACUGCUGUUCAUACCUUUUAUAUUCUUAUUUAAUUAAUUUUUACAAGCACUUUUUUUCUUUUUUUUUAACAAAGCACACCAGUUGCACACACUUGAUUGUAGAGAUUUGGAGUUGUGGGGUCUGGUAGAGCCAGGUCCACAAUCGCACCCUCACAGCAUGUCCACAGGUGCUCCCCUCCUUCUCCUGGCCCAGCCCCUACCUCCCCACUUCCUGUCUGACCGCUGUGUGGGGGAAGCCAGGGGAGUAUAUGAGGAUGGGGUGGGUAGGAAAAAAACAGGCUUUAAUAGGUCCCUUUGGGGGACACACAUUCAUCUCAGGUCCACUCAGGGGCCCCUCCCCAUCUAGGCAGGCAGGUGAGAGCCCCUGCUGUCAGCCCAGGCCCAACCCCAUCACCACACGUGUCUGAGGUGUCUGUAGGGGGGUCACACAGCUGCUUAGCUCACCUUCCUGUGGGGCCACCGCCCUUCUGCCCCUCGCCCUGAACUGAGUGACAUGCGUUGUCAUUAGGGACAGCCUUCUCUUCCACACUAUCCAUGGUUGUGUCUUUUUCUGGGACACGGGGAGCCCAGGGCCAGGGAGGGGCGAGAGGGGUGAAGGGCAGAGGAAGCUAAU